CACCUGGAGACCUCUAUUUGCACAGACUGUUCCAUUCUUGAUUCGAAUUUGUCUCGAAAUUCAAGAGAAAAUGCACAAGUCAGACUGCAUUUUGGUACACCUACAGUGGAGUCGUCAGUUGACUUAAACAUCCCCCAAACGCUUCUUCAACCUUGAUCGUUGAAAGCCAUCCUCAGUCUACCAAGGUCGAAGAAAAGCUAGAGCUUAAGGUUUCUGAUCUAUUGCUAUGGAUAGGCAACAUAGGACUUCUCUACUGCACAAACUACCCGGAGAAAUCCGCAACAAGAUAUGGACGCUGCUCUGCACCACACCCGCAUGGCGACCAUACCGAGAGAGGUUCGGGCCGACGACAGGCAUCCUCAACUGCAACAAAUACCUAUCCCAAGAAUUCUCAUCAUUCCUCUUCCAUCAGAACCCAAGAGGCGAGAUCCCGAGUCUCACCAUCGUCAUUACGGCUACGUGCCGAAGAGAAGCCUGGCUAUCGUUGGCAAUCGAGCCCCAGUGCCCGAUGGCCAAUAGUUAUCACUUCAGCAAUCGUAUCGACAACGAAAGGUGCUUCGACGUUAACGACAUGGACAACCCGGUCUUUGACGUCCUCCGCGAAGCCAAACAGAUCAACGUAGUCAACAUUCGAUUCGAGGGCCCCUGGUUCGUCAACGACGCACCGCUGUAUUCGCUCCCCGAGAAGCAAAGAGCCCCGUUUGGAGAGGAUCCGAUUUACGAUGCAGAGGCCUUUUGGCGGCAGUGGGAUGUUCCGUUUCUUUGUCACUGGGCCAAGGCACAGGACGUUGCUCGGCUGCUCGGGUCGUUUCAGAGGAUCGGGCAGGUGGCGAUACACUUCAACGAUUGGGGUCGGGACAGUCGAAGAGACGGGGAAAAGUAUUGGCAUGCAAUACCGUUCUACACUUCCAUCAAGGACUCGGAACUGAGGAAUCCGGCUAAGGUAUGGAGGCUGCUGAUAGAAUGCUUCUCAUACGGGGACGCGGAUGGGAUGAAUUUGCUCAAUAUCGAUUCUUCCGAGUACAAGACCUUGUUCGGCAUCAUUACGUUUCCCACGAAAAAGAAUCCCGAAGGGGGACUGGCUCCCCGCUAUUACCAUGAAGAUGGGUUGGCUGAUCGACUCGAGGGGCUUGGGCCGAUCAAGAAACCACAAACUCUUGAAGAAGCCCCCAAGCACCAUGUAAACCGCCUCUUCGCCGCGUUUACAUCGCUUUUGGAACAACAGAGCGACGACAUUUACGACGUUUGGGCCCUUCGAGAGCACCGAGCGGCGACAUUGGAUUCAUCGCCCAGGAACUUUUUCCACCGACUGCAACGUCAAGGAAAGUAUCCGAUCAGCUAA